UGAAACUCGUGCUCUAUUUUUGAAGUAGUAAACAUUUUAGAUAAGUUUGGUGGUAUCUGCUAAAAUUCUAUCAUGGCACAGGAUUGAUAAGAUAUAGUUUAGGAGAAAGUGCUGGAAAGGCAGGAGCGUAGUAAAUUUCGGAUAGUUAUUUCGCCAUUUUAAAAACCAAGAACAAAUACUACCAGACCUUACAAAUUUUUUUUAUGAAAAUGUAGUUGACGUUCUUGUGUAACAACAGUGCUUCUUAAAGAAGACAACCUUUCAAUUUCGUGAUUACGCGUUCGAUACGGAAAAGGCAUGACCUUGGAGAGAUUUCCGAACUUCCAGCGAAAUUCUCAUUCAUAAUUAAAGAAAAUAGUGUUUAAAGUGAUUAUCAAUAUAUGUGUGUCUAUAUAACUAGACUCUAACAACCAGGCAUUUCUGAUUGUGUCAACUCCCAUUGCGUGACAAAAUGGCUCUCACGGGACAACGUUAAGACUCUGUCUUGAAUCCGAAGGUGAAUUCUAAGUCAACAAUAUGUCCAUUCGAUUCAACUAUUGUAAAAUGUUACGGAAGCAUCACGCAUUGCAGUGGUUGAUGUUUGUAAUAGCAUUGUUUGCAGUGUUUCAGAUUUUUACAACGUUGCGACAAGAACCUAUCGUAGAGAAAGCAGAUACUAAGCUCACUGGAAGAGUACCGAAAGCCUUUCAUGCGGCCGAGGACACCGAGAUGUCGAAAUCCUUUUCCGAAGAUUGGCCGAAUGUUACUUAUUUACAGAUGGAAAUCGAACAAUAUUUAGCCCAAACUAAGGAAUUUGAUUUCAAAUUUCCCUGGAAUUUUCAGCUACGUGAUAACAGGGACAAAUCGUGUAUUGUUCAAUAUUCCAAUUAUUCUGCGAUUCCUGCAAAUUCUGUCAGCAUUAUAAUGGCAAUCGGUAAUGCUCCUCUGACACAAGUGCUUAGCUCUGUGAUGUAUGUUCUGUUCAACACACCAAAAUCUUUAGUGCAGAAUAUUUUUGUCGUUGGUGACACAAGAAUAAGUGAAAGUGACUUUGAAAUUCUAGAAAACGUUCUGAUUCCGGUGCCAUUUUUCAGGACGUUUCGACUAAAUAAUAUAACCUCAGAUUUAGCUGCUGCAUACUUCGCGUCCAAAUUCACGAAAGCGCCGUAUCUAGUCAUGAUGAACGCUCGAGUGAUUGUGUCAAGUGCGUGGUUGGAACCGCUGGUCUUCCAAUUAAAACAACAUUUUAGAAACGUCGUGGUUCCAAGUGUGAUUUUCAAACUUAACGAAACUCAGAAUGAGAGCGAUUGGUCAUUUUCGUUAAGAAGGGAGCUUGAUUUUGAUUUGGAUCUCCACUGGGGUCACAAAGUGUUAAAUCGAAACAAAGUAACUCGGACCCCAACCGUUUAUGAACAUCUAUUUUUAGUCAGUGCCAAAUUCUUUAAAGAAAUUGGAGGAUUUGAUAGUGUUCGGGGAGCAGCUGGUGCAGAAGCUGUACUUUGGAGUAUCAAGACGUAUUUAUGUCGCGGUCAAGUAAUAAUCUCGCCGUGCUCUAGAGUUUAUGAAAGUCCUUUGAUAAAUAAUUCAAAUAAACGAUUAGAUAUAACAAAAAUUACAAACUAUAAGAUGUACAUUGCUCGAGCGUUUAUGGGUACGGAUCAGGCCAGCUACAUGUGUCUUGCGCCUGUGUUCAAUAGAGGUUCAGCCGCAAGAGGUGGUGGAAUUCGUCGCAGUCGGUCGUCAUCUACCAUAUACUUUUCAAACAGAGCUCGCAAUUUUUAUCAGCAAUCACUCAAGUGCUCAAGUUUCAGAACUUUUCUAACCAUCGCGCAGCCGGGACUGGUGAUUCGGCCCAAAGCCACCGAAUAUUUCGGCAAAUUAAAAGCUAAAAGUUUGGAUUUGUAUUUAUCCACAGACAGAAAACGUGAAAAAAUAGUUUUAGUUGGAAAUGACACUCAAAUGGGAAGAGAAUUUCGUUUCGAUGCUUCGCAUUUUAUGUUUGGCAAUAAAUGCAUAGAUGUUAAAAACAACGAACUCGUUUUAACCUACUGUGGUAAUUUGCCGAACACAAACUUGUGGACCUAUCAGUAUAAUCGUUUAAUGUAUAAAAACAGAAAGUGUUUAACGCACCAGCCAGACUCUAAGGGAAACACUAAAGGUACAUUAAAAAUGAUGCCGUGCACAAACAAUUACACAAAACAGAACCAGUUUGUAUUUUCGUUGCAAUAUGCUAAAUCGUGUCUUUAGCAAUGGUAUUCUUUAAAAUGUAUAUUUU